UUCAGAAAGCUCGGAUGCCAAUGACCUCUCUUACAAAACUUUAUAUGAAUCUUCUUUCGGGGCUGCAUUUACUGGACUAGUUUUUGGUUUAAUGAUUACAUCUACGACCUGCCUGAUCCGUGAAAGGCUUCAAAAACAAAAGAACAAAGCAGUGUAUAUACAGAAUCAUUAUGAACCACCAAGCCAAAAAAUUCAAAUGAAUGAUGUGUACAAUGAAAUAAGUGAUGAACGCAAUUUCAAAGAUGCACAACAGAUAACAGAACAACUUCAUUCAAGCAUGACAUCCAACACAAUGUGCGGUGUUUAUAACCAUCUCCGCGAAUUACCAGCAGAUGACAGAGAAAACAAUUACGAACAUGUACAUUUAUCAAAAACUGAAGAUCCCUCACCUGGCCAUUGUGAUGGCGCUAUUGAUGGUGUUCCACAUCCUGAUAAAAGUUCAGAUAGGGACGAAGUGGUUGAUGAUAACGACGUUUUGUUAGAAAGUGAUAGAUUUAAAUCAAAUGAAAACUACUUUGUUCUAGAAAAGCAGUCUUUUACCAGGGAAAGUCUAAACCAAAAAGGAAAUAAUCAGUGA